CAUGCGUCUGGUCUGAAUUUAGUAUGGUUACUUAGAGACUAUGGGCACUGCUAUCCGCCAACGUGGCUACAGUGGCUGCAUGACGAGAACGGUUGUGCCGCCUCCAGUAACCAGAGCGCAAACACCUCUCGGGCGACUUUCCCUCUCCGAACUCGUAGGCCCGAGCAACUCAUGAAGGCUGGAUGACGGGAACCACUCACGUUCCACGUAUCACGACGCAACUGUUUUUGGGGAAUACCGAAUUCUUUCAUCCGAGGGGCCUCUGUUACUCAGUCUCUCUGCGUUGCCUGCCGCCAAUCAUCUCGAGUCGCCGUUGAGGCUAUGAUGUCCGGAGUCCGGUCGUCGGCAGUGUUUCUCCCUCCUUAUCACUGCUCGCAAAGCUUCAGAGACUGUCAAUGUUGCAACGGUCAUUCACACCGACAAAGAAGGUCGUGAGCACGCUCGAGCCCCUCUUCAGAGGCACCCAACAUCACCGGUGAGCUUCGAUGAUGCCCAGGCGCAGCCGCUCUUUGUGCACCAUGUGCCAUCAGGCGAACGAUAGGACCGUCUGACCGCCCUGUCAUCUGUCAUUUGUGGUGGGCGUGCAGACAGAACUGUCCCUCGAGCCUAAUGCGGUGUCGACGUCUAUGAAGUAGGCUCAACGACAGGGCCGCCAACACGUCCCGCAGCUUACUGAACUUCAACAGCAAAAGAGGCAUCUCGUCCACGAGGUACGCCGAGUCAUUUCUAGCGCUCAGAUGCAAGUUCGCUCUAUUUACCACCUGACCACUCGGUAUCGGUUCCUCUUUUGGAUUCCUCGCUAUCAUUUCAUCACCUUGGAAAGAUACUGGAGCGGAAAAGAGUUAGCUUCUUGCCUCUGCUCGUACUUCUGAUCAUUUCAGCUCUCGGGAGGCUGCGGGCCCGGGAAGUCUGCUGAUGAUGGGUCAUUUGGUAUGACCCGCUGGCUGCCGUCGGCCGAGGAAGUGGUGAUAGUUGUUGAUGAGGCAGAGCAGGUGUCGUUCCACUAGCAGUUCAGUCGAUGAGGCGAGAUGCAGGCACGGUCCUUGAACCAAGCUGAACAGAGUUGAGAGAUUGUGUUUCCCAACGUCGCUCGCGACCAAUGGCGGCCGUUUAUCGCAGGAAGUCAACCCGUUCUCAAAUCGAACCGGGCCAUCCCACCCCAUCAAAGCACAAAUAGCCUCUGUCUCAGCGCGCCGAGGCAGGUCCCCAUACUUUCUCCAGCCUCUAGACCAUGAAACCAGGCGGCGGCAUGGAUCGACGCUCUCGUCGUCUUUAUAUCGUCGGCUCAUCCUCGCCUUGUCAUUGUGGAAACGCAGUCGCAGGUUGAAAUCGAGCCGUCUUGUCUCGUCUGUGGCGAAGAAGCUGUCUUGCGAGUUCUCCCACACUGCGGCGCAAUGGCACCAUGUUCGCGCUGGGGAUGGUUCUUGGUCGUCGCCCUGGUCCUCUUGCUCACGCUCGUUCCGUCCGCCGAGGGCCACCGCAGCAAGAAGAGGCCUCAACAGCCCCCUCAAGCGCCCGCGCCAGUACCGGCACCAUCAAUAGUCCCGGUGCCACCACCCGUCCUGCCUCCUCCGGCGCCGGUUCCUCCACCGUCCCCGGCACCACCUCCGACACCACCUACGAAACCAUCUACGACACCGCCUACGAAACCAACUGCGGCACCCACUACGAAACCGCUGCCACGGCCGGCACCGGUAGCACCAGCGCCGAAACCAAAACCUUCACCACCGGCAUCAAAACCACAACCUGUACCACCAAAGCCCAAGCCCGACUUUACUGAUGAAGAGAUAAACAACGGGACAGCGUUGGCGAAGCUGAACUUGAGGGCACUCAAGAACGCGCGGACCAUGAACACACCGCAAACACAUCUAGGCGACAACAAUCCAUGCCAAGGCGCGAAUGUGCCCAUGCGGAGGGAAUGGCGGUCUCUGCCACCACCUGAACGCAAGGCUUUCAUUGCGGCUGUCCAGUGUAUCAUGAGGCAGCCUGUCUUGUCAGAUCCGAAGCGGGUUCCAAUGGCGAAAUCCCUUUACGAUGACUUUGUUGCCGUUCACUACACCAGCUUCAAGAACACACAUCUUACUGCGUCUUUCUUCGCCUGGCACCGGUAUUAUCUCGCCAGUUUUGAACAGAGAUUGCGCUCUCAGUGUGGUUAUAAAGGAGCCCUGCCCUACUGGGAAUGGGGCCUGGACAUCAACAAUCCAGCCGCCUCGCCCGUUUUCGACGGAUCCGAGACAUCGCUAGGAAGCGACGGCGAAUUCAUCCCCCACGAUGGGCUCCAACUCCGCCAGCCGUUCACAAAGAACCUCAUUACCCUCAAACCAGGCUCCGGCGGCGGUUGCGUGAAAGCGGGCCCUUUCAAGGACAUGCGGGUACACAUCGGCCCCGCCGCGCUGGCGCAGUACGGCACGGACAAGCCCUUCAACGUCUCGAACCCGCUCGAGGACCUCCCGCGGUGCCUCAAGCGGGACCUGAACAAGGACGUCGCCACCCGCUUCAACUCGUUCCGCAACACGACGCUGCUCAUCCUCCAGCAGACGACCAUCAAGAACUUCUCGUCCCUGCUGCAGGGCGACGACCGCUUCUUCCCCAACACGCUCGGCGUCCACGGCGGCGGCCACUUGAUCAUCGGCGGCGACCCCGGCGCGGACGCCUUCAUCGCGCCGGGCGAUCCCGCCUUCUGGUUGCACCAGGCCCAGGUCGACCGCGUCUACUGGAUCUGGCAGAACCUCAACUUCAGAAACCGGCAGGACGUCUUCGGCACCAUGACGCUGCAGGACAACCCCAAGAGCCCGAACGGCAGCGUCGAGGACGCCAUCGACCUGACGCCCAUCAAUUCGCCGGUAAAGAUCAAGAACCUGAUGAAUACGGCGUCCGGGGCGCCGUUAUGCUAUAUGUACCAGUAAUUCGGGCGGUGAUUUUUUUUUAGCUCCAGAUCAAAAUAGAUAUGAUACCC